AUAGAGUAGAAUCGUCUGAAUUCAAUCUUACCCUUACAGAUGAAUUAUAUUUAUUUUCAUCAUUAGAUCUUAUCUCGGCUCAAUGGAUGGGAAGCUUUGGCAAGAACCUUCGAGAAAAUAGCACGCUAUUUUUGGCAACAUUGAUAUUGGCAUUGUGA